GUACGGAGUCACAUGCUGAGCCGCCGGCAGUCAGCCCCACGAUCACGGACCGGCAACAGACGGGCCGAAGCUUCAACCGUUGAGCGGGUGCCGCGUGUAUAAACGUGCGCGUGUAGUGUAUGUGCUCACUGUAGUUAAAUUUUUUCAUUUUAACUUUUACCUUUUGACUCUAUUAGUGUUGUAUUAGUUCGACACGUGUUUUAAUAAAUAAUUCAUUCGUUGAUAUUUUACUAAUUUUAAUUAAUCGCCGCCCCGUAUCGUAUUUAACAAUGGAAACUUGAAUCGAGACAACAGGAUUUACGUUUACAAGCCUCCGUGUUCGUCAACUCGGAGGAUCUUGAGUGCGUUUCACAAGAUCAUAGUAGGAAAUUUAGCUUUUUAUUAAAUAAUUAUAAUAAGUGUGAUAUGAUGUACUUACAAUCAAGAAACUGGAUAUGGUUGUUUGCCAGUAUAUUACUUUUUGUAGCACUAUGUUCAGCCUCGUCGUCUUUUCAGACUGAUAGUGAUUUAGUAUUUGAAGAUGUUGAUCAAGAUGACCAUCAUAUUAUAAAUAAUGAUUCACACAACAAGUGGUCAACAAAAAUGUUGAAUUUUGUUCAUGAAACUACCCGUAGAAUGAAACGAGGACUCUUCGACAUUUUUGAUAUUGAUUCUUCGAAAACGACAUUAGAACCAGAAUCAUCUUCAUUGUUAAUAAGUGAUGCACAAUCUACAGAUGAUGUUACUACUACUACAACUACUACCACAACUACUACAACUGAAUCACCUACGAAUAGUCAACGAGGUGAUACUUCGUUAGAUGAUGAAGAUACUAGUGUAAAUUCUGGCGAUGGAGAAAGUUCUGGGGAUGGACCAGAUAUUGAAGAAAAUCGUAAUCUUGAAAUUAAAACUUCGACUUCAACUAGCAGACCAAUUACGACCACAACUAUUGCUGCAACAACACUCAGUAUAAUACCAACCACACAUUUAACAACUACUAUUACUCCAGAAACUACAAUUGAUCCAUUUGGACCAUCUCAAGUUUUGAUUAUUUAUCGAGUAUAUAUGACAGUCAAUGAACCUUAUAACAAGGAUUAUACUAAUCCAACAAGCCAAAAUUUUAAUUUAUUAGCAAAUAACAUAAGCGUUUCAAUGUCUAAGGCGCUUCAAAAUCUAACUAAUGAAAAUAUGCAACCUAGAGUGGUAGCAAUUGAGCCUAUUGCAGAUGAUAGUUUCUUUGUGAAGGUAUCCGUCGAUCUUGAAGCUUCCGAUCGAAUUCCUCAAGAAACAUUAGAGACCUUCAUUAAAUAUUUCAUCGAUAAUUCGAGAGAGUACAAUCCUAGUAACCCAAUCACAAUUGAUAGUCGAGACUUCCGUAUGGUCAAAGAGUACGUUGGUUCAAAACGUAGAUGCUAUCCGGGUGAAAUUUAUUGUAAUCAGACUGACUCUUGUCUACCACGAGAAACGGUAUGUAAUGGUAAAUUUGAUUGUCUUGAUGGAUCCGAUGAACAAAAUUGCAUAACGAUCCCCAGAGUGGUCAAUGUAAAAAAUACAAAAACAUUUUCAUUUAGCUGCCCAUAUGAUCAAUUUCAAUGUGAUGAUACAAGAUGUAUUCCUAACUCAAGACGAUGCGAUGGUACUGAAGAUUGUUACGAUCAUACCGACGAACUCUAUUGUCGCCGUAAAGAAUGCACAGCAAGAGAAUUCAAAUGUCACAGUUCAAAAACAUGUAUAAGCAAAAAUCUUCAGUGCAAUGGUAUCUAUAAUUGCCAGGAUCUUUCAGAUGAACUUAACUGUAGCAAUGAAUGUCAGACUAACCAAUUUCAAUGUCGAAGUGACCGGCGAUGUAUUGAAAACAGGCAGAGAUGUGAUCGAUAUUCCGACUGUAGUGACAAUUCUGACGAAGAAGACUGCGAUAAUAACUGUGGUAAUGAAGAGUUCCAAUGUCACGAUGGAAAAUGUUUAAACAUUGACAAAAGAUGUAAUGGAAAAGUUGAAUGUAAUGGAGGUGAAGAUGAAGCAAAUUGUGAAUUGCCUGUUGAUCCAAACUUAGACCCCACGCUAAUUGCACCAUGUGGCGAAUCAGAUUUUACAUGUAAUGACAAGAGUUGCAUACCCCUAUCGAGGGCUUGUAACGGUCGGGCGGAUUGUCCAGAAGCGGAAGACGAACAAAAUUGCUCAAACGACAUCACUGAACCAUCUACGCCUUCUUGGUGGACCACAACAUCCACACCACCAGUCAGAAAGCCUCUACCACCUGUAAUUCCUUGUUUGUCCAAUGAAUUUCAAUGCCAUGAUGGCAAAUGUGUGAACAGCAAUUAUCGCUGUGAUGGUAUUACCGACUGUAAUGAUAAAAGUGAUGAAUUGAAUUGCAGGCCAACUACUUCAACUACUACUACCUUGCGUCCACUUCCGCCAGUAACUAAUUCCAGUAUUUUCACACGUCCCUCGUAUCCUACAGAAUCAUCUUUAUACGUAACAUGCAAUUGGAAUGAAUUUGCCUGUCGAAAUAGAAAACAAUGUAUUCCAAGAGCGGCACAAUGCAAUAAUAGAAUUGAUUGUUACGACUAUUCAGACGAAGAAAAUUGCAAUACAGCUGCUGAAGGACUGAACUUGAAAACUUACCCCAAUGAACAGUCAAUUAAAGAAAACAGAGAAGUAGUGUUCCAAUGUAGAGACGAAGGUAUUUUAAGGGCUCCUGUUCGAUGGACUCGUGGAAACGGUCAGUUCUUACCACCUGGAUCCAGAGAUAUUAAUGGCCGACUUGAAAUGCCUAACAUUAAGGUUGAACAUAGUGGCACAUACAUAUGUGAAGCAGUUGGUUUUGCCGCCUCAGAUUCUGGCGCACGCGUAUCUGUGUACCUCAACGUAGAACCAUGGGUUGAUCCAACUUCUGCGCCAUUACCAGCUUGUGGUAUUAAUGAAGCUACAUGUACAAACAGAGAAUGUAUACCAAAAAAUAAAGUUUGCGAUGGCCAUGCUGAUUGUUCAGAUGGAUCAGAUGAAAACCGUUGCAGCAUGUUUGGCUGUCAACCAAAUGAGUUCCGUUGUAGUAAUAAAAAGUGUAUUUUAAAAACUUGGGUCUGCGAUGGUCAAGAUGAUUGUGGUGAUAACUUUGAUGAACUAAAUUGCAAUCAAAGAAGAAAUGGUUCUAGAUGUUUGAUCAGUGAAUUUGAAUGCCGAGAUAAGCAAUGUAUUCCUAGUUCAUUUCAAUGUGAUUCUCAACCUGAUUGUAAUGAUGGAAGUGAUGAGUUUGGAUGUCGACCAGUACAAUUCCAAACUCCACCAAAACCAUUAGUAACUUUGGAUAUAGGUUCAGAAUUUAUUAUAACUUGUAGAGCAAUCGGAGUUCCAGUUCCAGAAAUAUCAUGGAGGCUUAACUGGGGACACGUACCAUCUAAAUGUGUGAUGACCAGUGUCGAUGGUUAUGGUACACUUAAAUGUCCUGAUAUUCAAGAAGCAGAUCAAGGCGCUUAUAGUUGUGAAGGUAUUAACAUUCAUGGUUCAGAAAUAGCAGUUCCGGAUACAAUUUUGGUAGUAAAACCAAUUGGAAAACCAACCUCAUGUUCAACAGGAACAUUUAAUGAUAUUGCAUUAUCAAAACAAGACUGUGUCAAUUGUUUCUGCUUCGGAAUAACAUCAAAUUGUAGAAGUUCAAAACUUUUCAAAAUCCAAAAUAAACCAACUAUAAAUUUAUUCCGAUUACUCAGCGUCCAUGUCGAACCAACAACCUUAAAAGUAGAUAUAAAAACUGAUGGUCCAACUUUACAAAUUAAUUCAAAUCGAAAUGAAGUUUUGCAAGUGUUUUCUGUUAGCGACACCAGUGCCGAAAAUACACAUCCAUAUUUCAGAUUUCCAGAAAAUUAUUUAGGAAACCAACUAAAAUCAUAUGGUGGAUUUAUAUCAUAUACUAUUAGAUACGAAGGAGAAGGAGAAUAUCUCAAGUUUUUUGUUCCUGAUUUGAUAUUGAUGGGUAAUGGUCAUACACUCGUAUACUUUGCACCAGAAAUACAAAAAGGUGUUAACACAGUAAUAUCUGUAAGUUUAACAGCAAACAAUUUGCAAAAAGUAACGAAUGACUAUUCAAGAGUAACUCCUGCAACAAGAGAAGAUAUAAUGAUGGUUCUAGCAAAUAUCGAUCAUAUAUUAAUAAAAGGUCAAUAUAUGACGCAACAAACGGAAAUAAAUAUUGAAAAUGUUAAAAUGGACUCGGCUCAAACUCAAUUUUAUUCAAGCGAUCGUGUAGUUCUUAUUGAAGAAUGCCAAUGCCCAGCUGGUUACACUGGACUGUCUUGUGAGAGUUGUGCACCAGGUUAUGUUCGUGUUCAACAAGGUUCAUGGUUAGGACAAUGUGUGAAAGAAGAACCUGUGUGCUCUACAGGAACCUAUGGAGAUCCACUAAGAGGCAUUCCUUGUAGACUUUGUCCUUGUCCAUUAACUUCACCAGGCAAUCAAUUCGGUAGAAAUUGUUAUUUAGAUACUGAUGGUUCUCCUACUUGUAAUUGUAUUGAUGGAUAUGUUGGACGCAGAUGUGAACAGUGUGCUAUUGGCUACUCUGGAAAUCCAUUAAUACCAGGAGACAGCUGUAAAGCGGGCAUAUGUGAUAAUGCUGGAUCAUUAUCUCCAUUUCCUGAUGCAAGUACUGGACAAUGCGUAUGUAAGGAAUAUGCAACUGGUGAUCAAUGUAAACAAUGUAAGUCUAACACAUUCAAUUUGUCACCUAGUAAUCAAUUCGGGUGUAUAAGUUGCUUCUGUAUGGGUAUAACCAAUCAAUGCUCUAGUUCUAGACUUUAUAGACAACAGAUAAGUACAUCUUUAUCGAGAAGUAAUACAGAAGUUAUACUAGUCGAACGUGGGAAAUACUGGAUUCCAUUACCAAGUCCAAUUAUUGAUGCUAAUGCUUCAGAAAUCAUUUACACUGACUUUGCACCAAACAGUCAAGACGUUUAUUAUUGGGUAUUACCACCACGUUUUCUUAGUGAUAAAAUUACAUCAUAUGGCGGUAUUCUUACUUAUACUUUAAGAUAUGUACCAGUACCCGGAGGCCAGUCAUCCAGAAAUAGCGCACCAGAUAUUGAACUAAUUAGUGAAAAUAAAAUCAGACUACUUCAUUACACUAGCGAAACAUACAUCGAACCAAAUACUAUGAAAACUAUGUCUGUAAAAUUUUUAGAACAAUACUGGCAACGACCAGAUGGUCAAGUAACCAACCGUGAACACUUAUUGAUGGCCUUAGCUAACCUCAAAUUUAUAUUGAUCAAAGCCUCCUACACCACUGGAACCAAAGAAGUGGCAUUCCGAAGGGCAACACUGGAUAUAGCUGAACCUACUAACACAGGUCAAAGUCGAGCGGUAGAAGUAGAAGAAUGUGUUUGUCCAGAAGGUUAUAAGGGCCUAUCAUGCGAAGAUUGUGACGUAGGGUACACUAGGAAUGGCGGUCAAGGUCUUUAUCUUGGAAUAUGUGAACCAUGUUCAUGUAAUGGAAAUUCAAAUCAUUGUGAUAAGGAUACUGGGACUUGUAUAGAUUGUCAAAAUCACUCAACUGGCGAACAAUGUGAAAAAUGUUUACCUGGAUAUGUUGGAAACCCAGAAAAGGGAGAACCAUGUGUACCUACUGCUCAAUUACCAGUUUGUGAAUGUGAUCAACGUGGAACUAUUUUACCUUGUCGAGAUGAAAAAUGUAUCUGUAAAACCAAUGUUGUUGGACCACGCUGUAACCACUGCAGACCUGGUACAUUUGACCUACAAGAUAAAUAUCCACAGGGUUGUUUAGAAUGCUUCUGUUCUGGUGCUACUCGUGACUGUUUCCCAUCAAAUUUCUUUACUACACAAAUCCCAAUGCCAUUGCUUGGACCAAAUCAUGGUUUCACUUUGACGGAUAGGGUGAGAAGUAAAUACAUAAAAACUGGAUUCAUAACCGAUUUAGCAAGAAAUGAAAUUGGAUAUGAUUACACACCUAAUCGUGGAGAGUCACUUUAUUGGUCAUUACCAUCUACAUUCACUGGGAAUAAAGUAACGUCGUACGGAGGUUUCUUAAACUGGACUCAACGAUACACUACACUUCCUGGAUCUAUUAUGCGUGAUGAUACUGAUGUUGUUUUGAUUGGGAAUGGUAUUUGGUUAUUUAAAACUAACGAUAAAAAAAUCCAGCCUGACGAACCAAUAAUAUUGAGUGCUCAUUUAAUAGAAACAGGAUGGCGUCGAUUAGUUUCGUCAGGCCCUCAGCCAGCAUCUAGAGCAGAUCUUAUGAAAGUAUUAUCGUCUAUUGAAGCUAUUCUAAUUAGAGCCAUUCAUGCAACUCAAACUGGCAGAACAUACCUCAGUGAUAUUAGCUUAGAUACUUCUAUUGAAUUUAGCACAACUAGUGAACAUGCUUCCGCUGUCGAAAUCUGUAGAUGUCCUAUUGGCUAUAGAGGAACUUCUUGUGAAACUUGUAGCUCAGGAUACUACAAGGAUUCUAAUGAAAAAUGUACAAGAUGUCCUUGCAACUCAAAUGAAGGAUCUUGUUUACUUGGUCCAGACUCAAGAGUUAUCUGUAACUGUUUACCUGGAUUUACUGGCAACGACUGCAAUAUUUUAGCACCUAGUAUAAAUGAAACAAAUUCGAGUAGUUUGACGUUGAUAUCAGGUAUUGAAUUGAAGCUUAUACCAACAAAUACUAUUGUGAAACCCGUAGGGUCUAUUGUUAAUUUUACAUGUAGCUAUAAAAGUGCUACGCCAAUGGAAAUACACAUUGAAGAACGAUACGCUGAUGAUGUGUCCAACACUGUCGUGUUGGACAACAAUCAGUACGGGCCUUACAAUAAUUUUACAAAUGGCGCUUCACGCGUUGUAUCAGUCCGUAUUAAGUCAUAUUUGACCAUGGUAAUAUGUAGCAUACGAAACAGUGAUGGGCUACAAUUAGGACAAAUUUCCACCAUUAUACGUCCAGAUAUUGGACAAUCAAUAGUACCACCAACAAGGCCGCCGUUACCGCUUCCAGAUAUUUAUGUUCAAGUAUCCGAACCUACAUUUGAAAUAGUGGAAAUUGGAGGUUCAGUGACCUUUGUUUGUAAAGCUCAAUCUCGUCGGUCAGCGUCGGUUAAUAUAACUUGGUCAAAAGAAAACGGCUAUCUUCCACUAAGACGUUCAAAAGAUUCCGGAACUGGCUCCUUACUACUAGUCAAUGUUGAACCAUCAGAUGCUGGAACUUAUGUAUGUACAGCAUCAGAUGGAUAUUCAUCAUUUUCAGAUAAAAAAAUCUUAAAUGUGAAACGACUCGAAGACAAAACUACUGAAAAUCCAUCUAACAUCUAUGUUUCAAUAUCUGGACCAUCCAUUGAAAACCUUGAAUUAGGAAGUACUGUGAGAUUAUACUGCACUGCAACAUCACAAAAGACUCAAGAACCUAUUACCAUUAAAUGGAGUAAAGAGGAUGGGGUUUUACCAUCAGAUAGAGCUAUCGACAAUGGCAAAGGAUUACUACAAAUAAUUAAUGUCAAUUAUUAUGAUUCAGGAAAUUUCGUUUGCACAGCUUCAAGUGGAUUUACAUCUGUUAGUUCAAAAAAAAAUAUUAUUGUUGGAGAAUUGCGUAAGGAUUUUCAUCCACCUGCUAAUAUACCGGCUAAACCUAGAGUUAUUAUCUCACCAAGAUAUUUAGAGUUAUAUAUUGGUCAACCAGCAGAGUUUAAAUGUCAGUCUACUGGAGGUUAUGUUCAGAUAGAGUGGUAUCGUGGAUUAAAUCAACCCUUCAACCCAUCUUAUACAUCCUCGGAUGGUAUAUUACGUAUUCCUGCUGUUCAACUAGCAGAUCAAGGCACAUAUUUCUGUAGAGCUACCAACAAUAAUAAUGAAACUGACUCUCAAAGAGUAUCAAUAAACAUAAUACGUACAGAUACAAGUACAAAUGGACCAAAUGAGUUAUUAGCACUUACAAUUAAUCCACCACAAUAUUCAGGACCAGGCGAUGAAGUACGUUUUCAAUGUACAAUUUCAGAUGAAACACAAUAUGUAUUAAAAUGGAGUAGACCUGGUGAUCAACCUUUACCCUAUGGAUCUGCACAGACAGGCGGGGAAUUAAUCUUACGUAAUCUCCGACAAAACGAUGCUGGAGCAUACAUAUGCUCAGCAAUUUCAUUACGAACCGGUGCUAUAGAAUCUGAAAUUGAAGCCUCAGUUUAUGUAUUAAAAUCUAGAAAUCCACCAAACUUGCGAAUUGAUCCAGAAAAACAAAUGGUUGCACAAGGUACUUCUGCUGAGUUCCGGUGCUUCUCUACUUCUGAUCCUAACAUCAAAAUAGAAUGGAUUAAAAUUCAUGAAGAAUUGCCGUCUUACGCUCAAAUUAUCGGAUCGUCUCUAAAAAUUCCAUCUGCACAAAUUAAAGAUCGUGGUAUAUACAUGUGCAAAGCAUCAAAUGAAGCUGGAGCAGCACAAGCAUCUGCUGUCCUCGAUAUUGAACGAAGAGAACCCCCUGUUAUCGAAUUAUACCCAAACUCUAAGCAAACAGUAACUAUUGGUGAAAACGUUUUGUUUCAAUGUCGCGUCACUGGUGGUAUACCGACACCUGAAGUAAAAUGGACUAGACGAAACGGUCAAAGCUUACCCAGUCAAGCAGAAAUUAUACAAGGUGGAGUUUUAAGAUUUAUUGGAAUGGAAGCUUCGAGUGCAGGAGAAUACAUAUGCGAAGCCUCUAAUAACGCUGGCAUGACUUCAGCAACAGCCGUUCUAGAAGUACAGUCUGAACCAAAAAUUAUUUUAAUGCCAUCAAGUGAAGUUACGAUGAUGCCAGGAAAACCUAUAAGACUGGAGUGUUUGGCCACAGGAAGCCCACCGCCAAGUGUCACGUGGACAAAAUUAGAUCCAGUUACUUUUUCAGCGCCUAGAUCUUCUGUACCUAUACAAGUGAAUAAUGCCGUUUAUGAAAUAAAAAGUGCACAACUAUCAGAUUCUGGUAUAUACUCUUGUAUAGCUCAAAACAAUGCUGGUACUACCGAAGAACGUUUACAACUUACUAUUUCUGAAGACUAUAAUGGUAUAACAGAAGGUAAUGGACCCAAAGGCCCAGAUAGAGGAGAUAUACCUCCCAUUGAAGACCCUUCAAUUCCUCCUUACACAAAACCGGAUGAAGACCUUGUAUAUGUUGUUGGAACCAGAGCAGUUUUAACUUGUAAUGCUGGAACAUCUAGGGAUCGUAUAACUUUAACAUGGGAAAGAGAUGAUGGAGUUCCGUUGCCAGAAGAACAUGAUAGAUACGAUAAUAUUCUCGUAUUAAGAAACGUACAAAAAUCAGAUCAAGGCCAGUAUAACUGUAUUGGUAUAGCAACAGGCGGAGGUGGUAUUGUCUUUAGAAGACCAGUAUUACUGAAAAUUGUUGAACCACCGAGAAUUAUUUUAAAUCCGACGAGACAAAUAGUAAAACGUGGAGAUAACGCUCAGAUUAUUUGUAGUGCUGAAGGUGAUCAACCAAUUUCUAUUACUUGGUCAAGACUAUCAAGUCAAAAUUUACCACCAACCGUACAAACAAGUGGACAAUAUCUUAGGUUCAACGGUAUCACAGAACAAGAUGCUGGUAGAUAUUUGUGUACUGCUAUUAAUGAUUUUGGUAGUGCUGAAUCUGUUGCUGAAGUUUUAGUUAACGAUCACUCAAGAGAUAUUCCAGCUCAACUCAUCAAGGCUUCUGAACAUAAUCAAAAAGCCUAUGAAGGAACUUCCAUUCACCUUCGAUGUACUGUUCCACAAUCAUACGAACAAUACACAGUAAAAUGGAAUCGUUACCGAUCACCUCUACCAAGCGAAAGUCAAAUGUUUGGAAAUACUUUAGUUUUGACGAACUUAAAAUAUGAAGAUACUGAUCGAUAUGUAUGCACAGUUGAAACUCCAAAUGGCGUUGGAAAAGACUAUAUAGAUUUACAAGUGCUCCGAUCUUGUCUACCUGAUGAGUUCCAGUGUAAGGAUGGCGUUUGCAUUCUUUUGUCACAAUACUGCAAUGGUAUACAAGACUGUUCCGACAACUCGGACGAAGAAGAAUCAUGUUCCCAGAACAGUACUAGAAUCGGUCGCAACUCUGGUCUUUACAUCAAGCCUAGCCAAUCUCCUGUACAUAUUGGUGACACGCUCAAUCUUGAAUGUGUCUCGCCAAAUAGUGUUCCCCCCAGAGAAUAUAGUGAAAUAACGUGGGCUAAAGUCAAUGACGACAUGGAACAGAACGUUGAAAAUAUGGGCUCAACAAUAAGAAUUGUCAACGUAAAAACCGGAAAUAGUGGAACAUACAGAUGUACUAGACGUGAUCUGAAUAAUAACAUUGAAACUGAAGACUACGAGUUGGUGGUUUCGCAACAAUCCUCUGACGGUGGUGUGGUUAAUACAAUAGCUCAUACCAACUACGCACCAUAUGGUAGAUCAGUAGUUGUUGAGUGUAAUACAGAUCUUACAUCCCCGGUAGAAUAUUCUUGGUCUAAAUUUGGACCUCAAAUGGAACCUAUUUAUGACAAGAGAAACUUGACUAUGUACAACGUAACAGAAAAAAGUGCUGGGUUAUAUCUCUGUACAGCAUCUAAUGAUAAUGUUAGGAUAGACGUACCGGUUGUACUUGUUGUAACCGGUAUUGUACCUGCAUUCCGUGGCAGUGACAGUUAUUUGGCAUUUCCAACCUUAUUAAAUACUUAUUUAGAAUUUAAUCUAGAGGUACAUUUUAAACCCGAGCAAGGCGAUGGUUUGAUUUUAUAUAAUGGUCAAAAAUCUGGCGGUGGUGGUGACUUUUUCUCAUUCGGUCUGAAUAAUGGUGUACCCGAAUUCCGAUUCGAUGUUGGAUCUGGUGCAGCAAUUAUAAGAGCAUCCCAAUCAGUAACCAUUGGUGAAUGGCAUACUGCUCAGCUUAGUCGAUCAAAGAAACACGGUACUAUGUAUAUUGACGGUCGUGGACCUUACCAAGGAAGCAGCCCUGGAACAUUCCAGGGAAUGGACUUAUCACAACUUCUUUACAUCGGUGGUGUACCUGACUUCUCAACUAUUCACAAGGAAACUGGGUUCCAUUCAGGAUUCGUCGGUUGUAUUAGUGCUUUUAAAUCAGAAAAACGUGUUUACAAUUUGAUGAAAGAUUCAGUAGAUAAAAAUAGUCUUGGCACAUGCGAUGUUUGCUCCAAUAAUCGUUGCUUAAAUCAAGGUAUAUGUCAAGAAGCUCAAGAAACCAAUCAAGCAUAUUCAUGCAUUUGUCAACCAGGAUUUACUGGUGAAUAUUGUGAAUACACUCGUGAAAUCUGUACACCAGGCAUUUGUGGACUCGGAGAGUGUUUGUCUGGUCAAGAUGAAAUUGAAUGCAAAUGUAAAAUUGGCACAAUUGGAAAAAGAUGUGAACGCAGUGUCGAAGUUGUCGAACCAUAUUUUUCCGGUUCGUCAUACUUAGCUUACCAAGCUCCAACAUCACAAGAAAAGUUAAAUGUCACAUUAAAAAUUAAUCCAGCAACUCUUGACGAUGGUGUAAUUCUAUACGCUGCUCAGAAUGUCCAGGGAAUAGGACAAUAUAUGGCUGUUACUCUUAAAAAUCAACAAAUAGAAUUCCGUUAUACUGUCAGUGGUAUAACAUCAAUGAUACGCAGUGCCCAACUAUUAGAAGUAGGACAAUGGUACACAGUAACAAUAACUCGUAACUCAAUAACUCAGGAAAGUAAAUUAUUUGUCAAUAAUGAAACACCAAUCAGAUCUAUUGAAAACGGAAAUAUGUUACCUCUUGAAUUAAAAACUCAUCUAUUUAUUGGUGGUUACGAUUCACACAAAGUAAAAAUUUCUCCUCAAGUAGAAGUCAAUACCAACUUCAAAGGUUGUAUUAAAAUGGUUGAAAUUUCUCGAAUGGACAUAGACAUAAUUAAUUCAGCCGUCGAUUCUGCCAACAUUGAGGAUUGUUCUUCAAUUCGAGGAGAUGCUUGUUUAAACAAUCGUUGUAGAAACCCAGCACUUUGCCGCUCUAAAACUAAAUAUUUUGAUUACACUUGUCAAUGUGAAGAAGGAUUUAGUGGUCCAAGAUGUGAUGUCGACGCAAAUUUAUGUUCCAUACUAAACCCAUGUCACAACGGCGGUAUGUGCACUGACAUCAAUGCCAACUCAUACAGAUGUGACUGCCUUCUUGGAUACUCUGGACCUACUUGCGAUGAAAGGAUCACAUUAGACUCUACUGCUAAUUUUACUAGCAACAGUUAUCUUCAAUUAGACAAAUCACUUUUGGAAAAAUAUAAAGGAGAACAUUCUAUAGCAUUGUCAUUUACCACAGAAUCUGCCAACGGGUUACUUUACUGGCAAGGAGAAGAGCCUAACGACAGAGGAAUUAUUGAAAAUUAUAUAUCUAUUUCAGUGGUCAAUGGUUACGUUGAAUUUAACCGCAAAGUAAAUGGUAUAUUAGCACCUACAACAUCAAUUCGAUCAAUAAGCCAUCAUGUAAAUGACAACGAACCACAUUUAGUAAUGGUGAGAGGUAAUGGCGUUGAAUGGUCUAUAGAAUUAGACAGACAAACAACAGAAACUGAAAAGGAUCAUAGCGACGGACUGGAAAAACUUUUAAAUUCUGCAGAAUUAAUAUACAUUGGUGGAUUACCAGAAGCUUUAUCUUCAUUGAGUGUUCAUCAAGUACGAGGAUUUGAAGGAUGUAUCAGCGAUGUGAGAAUACAAGAGUCUGGAUAUGUCAAUCUCGGACAGAAAGCAGUAGCGGGUAAAAAUGUCGCCUCGUGUAACAGAAGUGACACCAGCAAUCUCAUUCUCAAGAAAAAAUAAGCAAUACUUCAACGUCACAGCCUCCUGCAGUUACUGCUUAAAAAAUACCAUUUUAUCAUAAAAUUUAUACAUUAUUGAUUUAAGAAAUCAAUCAGUUGUUUUAUUAAUUUGUUAAAAAAUUGCUUUCACUUAUUUUAGUAUUUUAAUGUCUAGCUCUAAAUCAUAGAUGUAAGAAUAAGCCUAUUAAUAUUAAUACUUAUCGCUAGCUAUAUAUUUGUCUGCUAUAUUAUGUACUAAUGUUAGUUUUUUUAUUAUUUUUAAUUUUUCAAAGUGUAUCACUGUCAAACUCGUAUUAAAUUUGCACCUAAAAAUAAUGACUUACUUUAUUUAAAAUAAAUCUAAUUUACCUCAUGUUUAGAAACUUAUUUAUAAAUAAAAUUUACACGUAGUAAUUUAAAUUAACCAAAAAUGUGUUCGUAAGACUCAGCAUCAAAUAUAUUUAAGAACUUAACUAUUAUGUAUUUUACUUUAAGCAACUAUGCGUUUAAUCGGUAAGAAUUGUACUUGCGUAAUUUACCAAUUUAUAUUUAAAUUACAAAAAAUAAAAUGAUAAUUAAAUAAUUA